CUGAAAAAAACUCGCCAUCCAUUGGCCACUUGAAAAGGAGAGAGAUUUUUUGGUAGGAGGGAGAGAUCAAUUACGAAGAAAUAUAAUUAGAACAAAUUUUCAGUCCGUGCGAGUUUUGCCCAAAAAACUGCCACAUAUAAGUACGAAUUCUUUCCAAUAUCACCAUUAGCGCCGAUCUCUUUCAGAAAGAGGGCGGUAGAGGGCAGAGGUAGACUAGAGAGAGAGAGAGAGAGGAGAUGGUCAGUGUAGGUCAAGUCGGAUCAGAUCUGUAAAAUCAUCUCCAGCAGCAAUUUCAGGUGUGGAGCCUUGGAGAAUUCUUGUUUACAUCGUUUGGCAUUUGAAGCGUUUCGAAUAGUUGCAUCUUGCAUGAGGCUUUGGUGUUGUUUUGGUUUUGGGGAUGAAAUAGAAGAGAAAGAAGAAAACAUCAGGUGCAUGAAAAAAGUCUAUAUUGCGGUUGAAGGUAAAUCUGAGGAGUUUUCGUAUGCGGAUAUGGAAGACGAGGAAUCUGGCACUUCAAGAAUGGGGGGGCGUGGAACAUUGGAUGAUUCGCCUGAUGGGGAAAGUGCCGUUGAAGAAUUGCUAUCGGAAAUAGAAGUUGCCGCGAGAGAUCGUCGGGAUAACGACACGGCUGGUGACUGUUUCGCUGCAUGGGAACUUGCCUUUGGGACUCCUCGUUGUUUUGACCGCUAUGCUUCAGCCAGUAGUCAGGGUCUUGUGGAUGUUGACGGCUUGGGUAUAGCUGAAGAAUCUUCCUUGGGUUUGGCAAGAGGGAAUCACAAUCGGGAUUUCCAGCACAAACGGGCUAAAGUUCAUUCUGAUUCUCCAGAAUGUCGUUAUGCAUGUGCAACAACCUCAUGUGCUGAUCCUUGUGUUUCAGUCACUGAUGGCAAUCAUGACACUUCUCAGAGUACCUCAAUUUCAUUUGAAAAUGACAUGUUUUUUCUUGGUUCCACCCCAAAUGAUGGUGGUAAUGGAAGACCUGUUGAUUUAAAUUGUGGUGGUGGUGGUGAUGAUGAUGGUGAUGGAGAGGGGGGUAGUUCUUCAAAAGUGGAAGAUUCAGAAGUUAGGAUGGAUCUUACAGAUGAUUUAUUGCACAUGGUUUUCUCUUUCCUGGACCACAUUAAUUUGUGCCGAGCUGCUAGGGUCUGCAGGCAGUGGCGGAUAGCUAGUACUCAUGAAGAUUUCUGGAAGUCUUUGAAUUUUCAAGAUCGGAAUAUUUCUGCACUCCAAUUUGUGGCUAUGUGUCAUCGGUAUCCAAAUGCAAGUGAAGUGAAUAUUUUGGGCGCUCUCUCUAUUGAUGACCAUGUUAUGAUUGCAAUAACCUCCUUAAGGAACAUUGAGGCUUUGACUUUGGGCAAGGAGCAAUUAAGAGAUGAUUUUUUUCAUUCCCUAGCUGAUUUUUCUAUGUUGAAAACUUUGCGUGUCGUUGAUGCAACACUUGGUAAUGGCAUUCAAGAGAUAUCUGUGUACCAUGAUAGAUUGCGCCAUCUUCAAAUUCUUAAGUGCCGUGUGCUCCGUAUUUCCGUGAGGUGCCCCCAGCUUGAAACUUUGUCUUUGAAGCGCACCAACAUGACACAUGCAAUGCUUGCUUGUCCUCAGUUACAUGAAUUAGAUAUAGGCUCCUGCCACAAGCUAUCAGAUGCUGGAAUCCGUUCUGCAGCAACAUCAUGCCCAUUAUUAGCAUCUUUGGAUAUGUCAAAUUGUUCAUGUGUAAGUGAUGAAACACUUCGGGAAAUAGCCCUCACUUGUGUUCAUCUUCGUGUCCUCAAUGCCUCGUACUGCCCAAACAUCUCUCUUGAGUCUGUUAGACUGCCCAUGUUGACAGUUUUGAAGCUUGAUAGUUGUGAGGGCAUAACUUCUGCUUCAAUGGCUGCAAUAUCCCAUAGUUAUUUACUGGAGGUCUUGGAGCUUGAUAACUGUAUCUUGUUGACAUCAGUUUCCUUGGACCUUCCACGAUUGCAGAACAUCAGAUUAGUACAUUGUCGCAAAUUUGUUGAUUUAAAUUUGCGAAGCCCCAUGCUUUCAUCUAUAACAAUUUCUAAUUGCCCUGCACUUCAUCGCAUUAGCAUUAUGUCAAGUUCACUUCAGAAAUUAGUAUUGCAAAAGCAGGAAAGCUUGACAACUUUGGCAUUGCAAUGCCAGUGUUUGCAAGAAGUGGACUUAACACGUUGUGAAUCUUUGACAAAUUCUGUUUGUGAAGUUUUUAGUGAUGGUGGUGGUUGCCCGAUGCUCAGGUCACUGAUUCUCGACAGUUGUGAGAGUCUGACAGCGGUAGGAUUCAGCAGCACUUCUUUGACCAAGCUUUCCCUUGCUAGCUGCCGUGCUAUGACUUAUCUUGAACUCACUUGCCCGUAUCUUGAGCAAGUCUAUUUAGAUUGCUGUGAUCAUCUGGAAAGAGCAUUGUUUUGUCCGGUCGGCCUUCGGUCCCUGAAUUUGGGGAUAUGCCCCAAAUUGAAUGUACUCCAAAUUGAAGCACCACAAAUGGUUGUGUUGGAGUUGAAGGGAUGUGGUGUGUUGUCUGAGGCAUCCAUAAACUGCCCUCGUUUAAUGUCUUUAGAUGCCUCCUUUUGCAGCCAGCUCAAGGAUGAUUGCUUGUCUGCAACAACUGCGUCAUGCCCUCUCAUUGAGUCACUGAUAUUGAUGUCCUGCCCAUCUGUUGGUCCUGAUGGUCUUUCUUCUUUGCACCGGCUUUCAUGUUUGACAUUGCUCGACUUAUCCUACACUUUCUUGAUGAACUUGCAGCCAAUUUUUGAGUCAUGUUUGCAGCUGAAGGUAUUGAAAUUGCAGGCAUGCAAGUAUCUUACGGACUCUUCAUUGGAGGCUUUGUAUAAAGAUGGUGCUCUCCCAGCCCUUCGUGAAUUGGACUUGUCCUAUGGAAGCAUCUGUCAAUCAGCCAUAGAGGAACUCCUUGCUUGCUGUACACAUCUUACUCACGUGAGCUUAAAUGGAUGUGUGAAUAUGCAUGAUCUUAAUUGGGGUUCUAGUGGUGGUCAGCUUGCUCAGGUGCCAAGCAUCAAGGGUUCAUCUGGUUUGUCUUCAGAAGCCAUGCAUGAGCCAAUUGAGCAGCCUGACCGGUUACUGCAGAAUUUGAACUGUGUUGGGUGUCCAAAUAUUAAAAAGGUUGUCAUUCCUCCGAGGGCCCGUUGUUUUCAUUUGUCUUCAUUGAACCUUUCUUUGUCAGCAAAUCUAAAGGAAGUUGAUGUUGCUUGUUUCAAUCUGAGCUUUCUCAAUUUGAGCAAUUGUUGCUCUUUGGAGGUUCUAAAGCUCAACUGUCCAAGAUUAACUAGCCUCUUUCUUCAGUCUUGCAGCAUUGCUGAAGAAGUAGUUGAAGCUGCCAUAUCAAACUGCCACAUGCUGGAAACACUAGAUGUCCGCUACUGUCCAAAGAUAUAUUCUGUGGGCAUGGGGAGGUUACGCAUGGUAUGCCCGAGUCUGAAACGUAUAUUCAGCAGUCUGUCUGCAACAUGAUGCGAUCUGCAUAUACCACGCAUCAGUUUUCCCUUGAAGGUCAGAUUGUUUCAAAAUGUCUUUCCAGUGCAUGCUUGCUCUCGUCUAUCCCGAGGAAAUCAAGCCAUUUGUUCCCAUUUUGUAAAUAACCAAGUUCCUUUCCCAUUUAUUCUGGUGCCAUCUGUGUUUGUAUGAGUUACUGGUUACGAAUUGCUGCUUUUGGUUCAGCUUCCAGCAGAUGUAAACGAUAUAAUAAAAUUUUAUUUAAUGUUCAUCUUUUAUUGUUUGGCCUGUCAUA